UAAACACUGUAAACAGCAAGAAUGUCUUUGGCUCACGUCAAAACUGGCAAUGAAAGUUUUGUUGUCUGUUGUUAAGGUUUAGUGUAGCAGUGUUUGGGGAUGUAGUAUUGAUUGUUGAGUGGUCUUAGUGAAGUGAAAGUUUUGAAUUUGUUGGCCUUUGUAUUUCGAGAAUGAAAUACGUGUAUUGAUUAAGUUGGGUUCAGAUUUUUCAUCUGUGUUUGGAUUAACGCUAAUAUGAAUUACCAGCACAUUAUUAACCAGUGUGAUGACAAUGGUGUAGAAGACAGCUUGUGGGAUUAUCUACCAGUUGAGCCUGUUGUGAAGGUGGAGGCAUUGGAUGAUGACGAUACUAGUGAUGAUGAAAUAGUGCCAAGUGCUAUAGUGGAGCCCAUCCUGCUGAAACCUGAUUCAGCUGAGGAUGAAGAAAUUGUACUGGACUUGAAACCAGAGCCUUAUUUGGACAAUCAUACAGGAAGGAUGCAUAUGGAGCCAUACAGCAGCCAUGAUCAAUCUUGGUCAUCUGACAUGGCGAGAAGAACAAUUCAAGAACUAAAUUUGCGUGCAGCAGACUCAAAAUUGGCAGCUGUUCAGGCCCGUAGGCGAGCCCAACGGCUCCUGGGCCCAGCUGGUAUCCAUAAGAUACGCAGUUACAUGGUGGCAUUUCAGCAUCAGCGAUAUACCGCAAAAUAUGGGUUUUAUUCAGCGAGGUAUGGGCUUCGCCAAAUGUGAGCAUUUUGUAGUGCUCUAUUUCAAGGGAUAUAUUCUGCACAGGGCAAAACAAUUCACACUUGAUAUUUAUCCUUUGCUCCAAAGAUAAGAUGCGGAGAGUCUGAAAAUCAAUAUAGGACUGAUAGUAAAAUGAAAAAAAGCUGACAUGAACUUGACACUUUCACCAUUAGAAGAUUUUUUCGUAGGAUGAAGCGAAAAAGGAGUGAAACUUUAAAAAGAUGGAAAAUAGAGAGUACUACAUCAGUCUUCUUAACCUUUGUCAGAGGUACGGAAAAAAAAGAAAAAAAUGUUGGGAGAGAAGAACUGACAAUAAAAUGUGAGAGACAAAAUAGGAGCUUUGAAGUUGUGGAAGUGAUGGAAAAAGAAAAAGCAUUUGAAAGUGAAUAAAAUUAACAAAAGUUGCUAGGCAAGAAGUCACAAACAGACAAAGUGUGUGUAAAUGGAGGCAGUUGAGAAUUAACAUGGCAAAUAUGUAUUUUAUGUCCAGCCCUGGAAUCAGAAAGGGAUGAAAACAGAAGGUAGGAAGAGGAGAAGGGUUAGUAUAAAUUAAGAUGUGGCCUGAGUACCAUAACCACACCAUAUGAGUGUAUAAUGUAGGCAUCUUGUACCCAGUCGCUUUUAUAUAUUAAAAAAAGUAGCCUGACUAGUAAGCAGACUAUAGUUCAUCCUCUAAAUUUUCUGUGAUGUGUUAGUGUAAUAUGGAAAAGUCCAUUUACUUUGAAGAAUACAGCACAGUAAAGACACUAAUUUGUAACACAGCUGUGAAUGAAUUCCAAGAUUGGUUCUACUGUGUGUGCUCGUGGCAAACUGACAUAAACAGUAUUCAGUACCAUUCACGAAAUGGUAAUCACCAUUGCAAGGUUAACAUUAUUUUUUGUUCAAAAUUUGCUUUUGACAACAUGUCUGAUUGCUUCUCCUUUUUCCAUGAUAAACUGCAGUAGUUGAUGUGGAUAUAAUAUAUAUUGACCAGUGGUAUUGUGCCCAUAUAUACUUCAUUCAAAUCUUGUUUUGAUUACUGGUCGCACCAGGUAUGUUGUGCGUCCCAUGAACUAUCCUUCAAGUUGUGUAAUUAAAGGUUGAAGAAAUAGACAUUUAAAACUGCUUCUUCAAAUUACUGUUGCACCUGAUUUAAUUGACACUGAUGAGCCAUAACAUUAUGAUACCCUGUUUAAUAGCGUGUUAGUCCACUUUCUAAAUACAGCACAGCAGUGAAUCUGCUUGGCACGGAUUCUACAAGUCCUUGAUAGCUUUCUAAAAGUAUGUAGCUUUCUACAAGUACGUCACACCAGAUGUCCACUGACAGAUAACUAAAUUCCCACAAAUCAUGAGGUGGUGGUUUGUGGGCACGAAAUCGGCACCCAAUAUGUGUUCCAGUGGGUACGGAUCGGGCAUUUUCUGACGAAGAUACCAGUGUGAUUUCACUAUCAUGCUCCUCAAACAGCUGCAGCAUGAUUCUGGCCUUGUGUCGUGGUAAGUUAUUUGCUGGAAGAUGUCAUUGCCAUCAGAGAAGACUUCAACCAUGAAGAGACGUGGGUGGUCGGCAGUCAUGUUCACAUGGUUCACUGCUGUCAUGGUGUGUUUGAGUACUACCAUACGUCCCGUAGGAGCCCAACUCUAUACACCUUGUAGCACAAUUCUGCCCUCACCGGCUUGAACCUGUGGCGCGGUGCACAUUUCAAGCAGCCAUCCACCCUGACUAUGGGGUGUAAGGACUCAGCCAUCGACCUGGUGUAACAGGAAAUGUGGUUCAUUCCACGGACAAUACAUUUCUAUUGAUCUACAGUGAUGCUGUGCCCACUGCAGUUGUAACUCAUGAUGUUAUUAGGUCAGCACAAGAUCAUGGGGUUGUGUGAUAUAAAGCUCCACAUUCAGCAGUGGCCUUUGAAUGGUCUGGUCUGGAUUACAUACUGGGGGAUCCUCCAACCUCUACAUUUUGUGAUGAGAUGCGGCCUUCCAGUAGCAUACAGCUUAUGCGUUACUCCAGCAUCCUUCAAUCACUUUCCAUAGGUGCUCAUGACAGUGGCACGCGAACAGGUGACCAGAUUUGGUGUUUCAAAGAUUCUCGUUUCCAGCCGCAGUGCCACAACAAUGUGCCAUUUGUCAAAACCACUUGCAUCAGUGGAUUUUCGCAUUUGCAGCCUGGUAUCUUCGCUAUAGUGACAGCCCAUUCAUCUCUCAUCCACUUACAUUCUUUCCUUACUACAUCCUGUGCCUGCAACACCACCAGGAGGCAUUCAAACAUGUGAGGGCAUUUGUCAUAUUGUUUUGAUUCGUCAUUGUAUUAUCAGUAGUGACUUACAGUAGUUUAAACAACUUCAGUUAUACUUCUUGAGAAUUAGGAGGCACAAAAUAACUGAUUGUUACAUGCUUGAGCUCUAGUAGCAAAGCAUAAAUCUUCCAAAGUUUUUCUUACACAGAUUUGUACACAGUUAAUGAUAAUGGUAAUAGAUCACUCUUGCAGUGCCAUUUUUUCUCAUUGUUUUUGGAGGGAACAUAAUUUUAAAUUAAAUUGUUGAACUGUUUAAAACUUUCAGUAAAAUUUCUUCUAUUAAGGACCUCAUGCUACAAUAAUAUAUGAAGUAUAUAAUUAAAACAUACUUCAAGAGAGAGAAAAAUUUGUAUGAAGAUUUUUAAAGAAAAAGUUAUACGUAUUUGACUACAGUUCUGUUGAGACAUUCAGAAUGUCUAUUCUUAAAAUCUUUAUUGUGUUUAAAAACUGCGUACUAAGUUUAGUGAUACAGCAAGAGAGUGUUACUGUUUGCUUCAUAAUUUGGAAGAUAUUGGCAGUGAAAGUAACUUGUACAAAAAGUGCUCAACUAAUGCCACAUUUUGUGUCAUUAAACUUUUUCAGAUAUACAGAAAAUAAGAUAAAAAAAGUUGAGCAGUCAAAUGAAAACCGAACACCCGCCAUGAGAUUGUUUGUGCUGCAGGUGGCCCUACUGUUGAUUGUUUUGACAUUGUCAUUGCUAUGGUUGGGGUACAGCAUUGUACUACAUCAUUGGUUCAUGCAGUUGUUUGGUUACGACCUUGGUUGUUAGUGGACUGAGCUGUUGUGUUCAUCCAGUUAUUGACAUUGAGAUGAGCGAAGAAGAGCAGACACACAUGGUCAGUUUUCAGGUGGCUGAGGGUGCUGGAGUAUGUGAAAUUCAUCGUCACAUGUCUCCUGUGUGUGGUGAACACUGCAUACCCUGCCGUGUUCACGAGUGAUGUAGGAGGUUCCAGGAAUGGUGCACAUCACUGCAAGAUGAUCGGCAGGCCCUCUGAGCCAUUAUGCCUGAUGUGUUGGAGUAGACUGAUGGCCUUAUCCAGGGAGACACACGGAUCCUGGAUGAAAUUCAUAUUCUCAUUGUCAUUAGCUAUCGCUCCUUGUAUGCUAUUUCCAAAGACCACUUGCAGUACUGCAAAAUUUGUGCACAGUAGAUGCUACAUCACCUGACAGAGGGCAAAAGAUGGACAGAAUAGCAUCAAGUGAGAGUCAUCUGCUAAGGUGCCAUGAGGUGAGGCAUGUGUUCCUGUCCCGUAUCAUCACAGGAGACGAAGCACGGUGCCACCAUUACGAGCCCGAAGGCAAGUGGCAAAGCCAACAGCGGAAACAUCCAACAUAUCCCCCGCCCUCAGAAGUCCAAAGCUGUACACACAAGUUCACUUAAGGUCAUGAUGAUCUCCUCCUUUGAUAGCAGGGGCCCUCAGCUCAUCGAGUUACUUGACUGUGGAACCACAAUCAGUGUGCAGCCCUGUCAAGACACUUUGCAGAAACAGUGACACGCCAUAGGUCAAAACGCAGAUAAAUGCUGUUAGACGGAAUCAUCCUGUUUCACGAUAAUGCAGUGCCAAUCAGAUGGAAGCUACACUUAAGUGAUUUGAUUGUGAAACACUGCAAUAUCUUCCAUACAGCCUGGAUUUUUCACCAUGUGAUUUUCACAUCUUUGAUGAUCUGAAGAAAGAUGUGUGGAUGUUGGUUUCAGUUGGAUGAGGAAGUACAAGAGUGGGUGUGGUUAAGGAUCCGUCAGUAGCCAACAACAUUCUGUGAAACAAGGAUUUGACAGUCUCACCUCCCAGUGGGAUAAAUGUCUGAAUGAGUGUGGUUAGAAUGGAACCAGUCCAUGGUUCCAUUGUGAUGGGUGUUCAGUUUUCAUAUGACUGCCCCUCACACAGCAGUGUCCUACAGUGAAAUCUGUAAUUCACUAAAUGUUUCUGUAUUUGAAUCUGUUUUUUGUACUUAUUGUCACCUGAAGAAUAAAAGGACAGUAAUCAUCAGUAGUAAAUAAAUCCAAAUGAGAUCCAGA